AUGGUUGUUCGAAUAUCCUGUCCCAAUUUGACAUUAGAAGGCGAUAUGGUCCUGAAGCUUUUCGAUCGACGGUUUGCGACACAGCUCCGGGAAGACGACAACAUUCGACCCUGGACUCCAGAAAUUGAGAGAGCCUACCAUCAAUUCGUUAAUGAUGGCGGUGCAUCUCGUUUCAUCGCCGAUCUCAACAAUGACGAUGACACAGCACAGCAAGGCGAAACAUGGAAUAGCUCACAAGACGAGACGUAUCUUUAUGACACUGUAUCCGACCUGUAUCAAACGGAGAUUGAGGUAUAUGAUGCUCUAGAGGAUAUGCAAGGAGACGACAUUCCUCAACUACUCGCCUACGUCAUAAUUCCAGGCGUGAAGUUGACAGAAAAGGAGCCAGAGAGGCGAUAUAUCGGAGUUUCAGGAAUCCUUUUACAGUAUGUUGAGGGGUUUCCUUUAACCAAUCUUGCAGAUCACACACCAAGAGAGGCCUGGCAAAGCAUCUGUGAAAAGGCCAUUCAAAUUCUCCAUCGGAUGAGUGAUCAUGGAAUAUUGAACGAGGAUGUGAAGACGAGGAGCUUUAUCGUGAGGAAGGAAGGAUCGGCGGAAGGUGGAUACAAAGUGUUCAUGAUUGACUUUGCGGUCUGCAAUUUUCGUAAGGAUUACGCGGACGAUGCUGAAUGGAAUGAAGAAAAGGCGAUACAGGACGAAGAAGGGGCGGUUGGACUUUUCAUGCAGGCCCGUUUGAAGGGCGGAUUUGUUUUCCGUCCAUCUGGUCGAUACAAAAAGUCGGCUCAGUGUGUUGAAUGA